AUGAGACUGCAACUAGGACUAGACCAAGUUGUAGAUGUCAACGCUCAUUGUCUUGCUCAUUGUCUUGCUGAUCGUCUUAAUAGUUGUCAUGCUGACUGUCUCACUAAUGGACUUGCUGAUGGUGUUAUUAAUUGUCCUACUGAUUGUCUCACAAAUUGUCUUUAUGAUGAUCUUGCUGAUUGUCUUCCUAGUUGUCCUGCUGAUUAUCUUGCUUUUUGUCUCGUCAAUUGUCUUGCUGAUUGUCCUGUUAGAAGUCUUUGUGUUUGUCUUGCUGAUUGUCUUGCUAAAGGUCUCGCUCAUUGUCUUGAUAAAGGUCUUGCUGAUUGUCUUGUUAAUUGUCUCACUCAUUGUCUCGCUAAUUGUCUUGCUCUUUGUCUCGUUAAUUGUCUCUUUGAUUGUCUUGCAGAUUGUCUUGCAAAUUGUCUCGUUCGUUGUCUUGCUUAUUGUUUUGCUGAUUGUCUUGCUUAUAGUCUCGUUAAUUAUCUUGCUGAUUGUCUUGCUAGUUAUCUUGCUUAUUAUGUCAUUAAUUGUCUUGCUAAUUGUCUUGCUAGUUGUCUUGCUUAUUGUCUUGCUCAUUAUCUUGUUAGUUGUCUCUAUGAUUGUCUUGAUGAUUGUCUUGCUAGUAGUCUUUCUAAUUGUCUCGCUGUUUGUCUUGCUAAUGGUCUUGCUCAUUGUCUUGCUGUUUGUCUUGUUAGUUGUCUCUGUAAUUGUCUUGCUGAUUGUGUUGCUGAUUGUCUUACUAAUCGUUCUGUUAGUUGUCUUUGCGUUUGUCUUGCUAAAGGUCUCGCUCAUUGUCUUGAUAAAGGUCUUGCUGAUUGUCUUGCUAAUUGUCUUGCUAAUUGUCUUGCCAAUUGUCUCGCUCAUUGUCUUGUUUAUUGCCUUGCUGAUUGUCUUGCUCAUUGUAUCAUUAAUUAUCUUGCUGAUUGUCUUGUUAGUUGUCUUUGUGAUUGUCUUGCUAAUUGUCUCGCUAAUUGUCUUGCUGUUUAA